CAUAGUAACAUUUUAGAUUUUAAAAAACUCCCCACCGAUAGAAAGGAUAACCCUAACCCCAGCUCUCUCACAGAAAUUAAAAAUUCCACCUCUUCACCAGCAUUUUUUUUUUAAUUUUCUUUCUGCCUUCUUCUGGGCACCUCUUCACCAGCAUUUACCGUUCUCUGUCUUACUUUUACACUGCGAAAUUCCCGCCACUUUCAGAUUCUCCAUGGACUUCGAAGUAGAAGCAGAGUCAGAAGCAGACUUCCCCAAAACCCGAAGCACAAGGCACAAAUGUUCUGCAUGCUACAAGCAGUAUAAGAAAAAGGAGCAUCUUGUUGAGCACAUGAAGGUCUCAUACCACUCGGUUCAUGAGCCUAGAUGCGGGGUGUGCCAAAAGCACUGCAGAUCUUUUGAAUCACUUAGAGAGCAUCUUACUGGUCCAUUGCCAAAUGCAAUUUGUUCAAAGAUUUUCUCUGAACAAGGUUGUGAUCUUUGCUUGAAAGUUCUUGAUAGCCCUAGUUCUGUCUGUGAGCAUAAGAAAAGGUGUUGCCUAUCUGCACCUGCUCCAAUGGGAACAGUGAAAAUGGUGUAUUCAGACCCAACUGUUGUAAACCAAAAUGGCGGAGGUCCUGAAGCAGUUGCUAUAGAUUGUGAAAUGGUUGGUGGUGGAAGUGAUGGAUCACUGGACCUUUGUGCUAGGGUUUGCCUAAUUGAUGAAGAUGAGAAUGUCAUUUUUCACACUUAUGUGCUCCCUCAACUUCCCAUCACAAAUUACAGAUUUGAAAUAACUGGGUUAACAGAAGAGCAUCUAAGAGAUGCAUUGCCACUUAAAUUAGUUGAAGAAAAAAUUUUGCAAAUUUUGUACAAUGGAGAGUCCAUUGGGAGGGCAAGGUUGGAUGGUGGAAGGGCCAGGCUUCUUGUGGGGCAUUCACUGGAGCAUGAUUUGGAUUGCUUGAUAAUGACUUAUCCCAAUCAUCUGCUGAGGGAUACAGCAAAAUACCGUCCAUUGAUGAAAACAAAUCUGGUUAGCCACUCACUCAAGUACCUCACCCGCACAUAUCUAGGGUACGAUAUCCAGACAGGCUUUCAUGAUCCAUAUGAAGAUUGUGUGUCUGUAAUGCGACUAUACAAGAGAAUGCGUGCCCUUGAUCAUCAGAAAGGUGGUAUUGAGAUAUCAACUGCUGCUUACCGUUCCCAAAACAUUACAUGCAACUUUGAUUCUUUCAGACCCAAAGAACUUGAGCAGAUGACCCCUGAUGAGCUUUAUGAGAUUUCAAGACCAAACAAUAGGUGUUGGUGUCUGGACUCAAGCCAAGCAAUGCAGCCUUAGCAGUUGAUUUCUUUCUUCAUUGCCAGACUUAUUAAUCUUCAAGGAGCGUGGAGGAUUAUCUUCGUAGCUUCAACUGGGCUGAUGAAUUAGAAGGGCCUCAACUCCUCCCAGAUAUUGCUACAAAGGGGACACAGCCGAAGCACCAGAAACCUACUAUGAAAAUUAGUGGACCAUAAUCACAACGCACAACAACCAAAUGUCUCUUUUUGCUCUGUUCUCAAAGCACCCAAAGAGUGUACAAAGUUUAAAUUCUAGAAACAGAACUUCGAGCUAAAUAUUGUUAAACCAUUAACAAUAUAAUAACAUUGUCCGACACUUAUUUGUUGGUUUUGAGAAAAUUUGAGAGAACAUCCUCACGAAGAUGUAUUUAGUUGAUAUGACUAUUGGUUUUGGGUUA